UAUUCAUAGAUUUAAGACAUAAUUAAUUUGAUUUUUGCAUAGCAGGAGAUUAAAGGUUGUGGGGCGAAAGCUGGAGCUAAAUCUAUGGUCACAUCAGCCAUGAUUUUAUUGAAUGCUAGAGCAGGCUCGACUGGUCAGGUGGCCAACUCCUGCACGAAUUCCUUAAGUUCCUGUGUUCUUAUGUAAUGAUCAUGUGGCUGAUCACAUGCUCAAGCAAGCGGACAGUGAAGAUAAAGAGCAGAAGGUAUGAACUUUGGAACAGUAGUCACAAGAAUCGAAUCUGGUCACUUGGAGGAGUUGACUUAAUGAUUUGAACUCAGGAAGCAGCAGGUGAUGGACCCAAGAUGAAACUGGAUGGCACCCAAGACCUCUCCACCAGGAGUGCCCUUUCCAGCUGACAAGGUACUGCACACUCCAUCCACAACAGUGGGAAUCCAUCAGCCAGUGUACGCUGGACUACCUUCCAUCAUCUUAGGGUCCUGAGGAGCACACUCUGAUGGGAGGCAUGGUCCACAGACAACGGGCUUAAGGCAGGACACAUGGAAGUGUUUCACCUGGCUUCCUCAGUGUUCCCUCCUGCUGUCUUUGCUUGGAACUCCAAUUCUGGGAGUAGGAGUGACCCUUACAUCAAUCACCCUACUCCACAACACGAUGUCCAGUAACAGAGGAUUGAUAGACAAGAUGGAGCUCCUAUGGACUUCUCAUCAUCUUCUGCCAGGCCCCUGCAUAAAGGCGAUCUGAGGCCUGACGCUCGGCCUCAGUCUCCAGGACAUAGUAUGAUGGACACUCACUCCUGGUUCCUUCUUCCAGUCAAUAAAAGCCGAUAUCUUGCCUUACGUCUCAGUGUGAGUUAUUGAUGGUGCAUCAAUUUUAUUGACUGGAAGUUUUAAAACAUGGAACCCGUUUUGCAUCCGGAAAGGUUGGAUUUGGACCCUCAAGACCCUGACGCAGCUCUCGCUUUUGAACACUGGCUUGCAUGCUUCCAAUCAUACUUGGAAGAGGUUCGUGUGACUGAACCCGCCGUUAUGCACAGAAUCCCACUCUCGAGGGUCACCCCCAAAGUUUACUCCAUUAUCCGGGACCUGCCGACCUACGAUGGGGCACUGGACGCCCUCAAAAGACAGUACCUGCGGCCGGUGAACACCGUCUACGCAAGACAUCGUUUAGCUACCCGGCAACAGCGGCCUGGCGAAUCGUGCGCUGAGUUUCUCCGAGCAUUACAGACACUCGUCCGAGCUUGCGGCUGCAAGACGCUCACGGCAGAACAGCAUGCGGAGCUGCUGAUGCGAGACGCCUUUGUGGCGGGACUGAGGAAGUCUGUCACUGGGACCACCCUACCAGUUUGGCUGACGUCCCCGGGGCCAGUGCUGUUCCGGAAACAUGUGAGGAGCAAUAAAUACUCCCCGCUGGUAGAGAGGGUUCACCUUCUACAUGCGAACCCCCAGUAUGCUUACGUGGUCUUACCUGAUGGGCGGGAGGACACGGUCUCCAUCCGCGACCUGGCACCCGCAGGUGCAGCAGACCACUACCCUGAAGGCUCUCCGGUAACUGUGAACCCUGCACCAGAAGUGACACCGUACUCACCAGGCCCUACACAGACUCCUCACGACACUUGUAUACCGGGCGUUUCGUACGCAUUUAUACCAGGCGCCUCGCACAUGCGUGAGGGAUCACCGGCGCCUAGUGGGCAGGAACAAGCGCAACCUCCGUCCCCUGUGCAAUCACCAAUGUCGCCGGCAUCCAUGCGAUCACAGCCGGUGCUACGUAGAUCGCAGCGACAGAUUCGACCACCUGAUAGACUUGACUUGUAAGAAACUUCGCCACAUGGGGACUCUUUCAAACAAAGGGGGGGUGAAUGUGGUGAACUAUGUGCCUGUCUGGACACGCCCCCUGCUGACUGCUCCUGUGGCUCCUCCCACAGGCCCCUGUAUAAAGGCGAUCUGAGGCCUGACGCUCGGCCUCAGUCUCCAGGACAUAGUAUGAUGGACACUCACUCCUGGUUCCUUCUUCCAGUCAAUAAAAGCCGAUAUCUCGCCUUACGUCUCAGUGUGAGUUAUUGAUGGUGCAUCAAUUUUAUUGACUGGAAGUUUUAAAACAUGGAACCCGUUUUGCAUCCAGAAAGGUUGGAUUUGGACCCUCAAGACCCUGACGCAGCUCUCGCUUUUGAACACUGGCUUGCAUGCUUCCAAUCGUACUUGGCGGAGGUUCGUGCGACUGACCCUGCCGUUAUGCACAGAAUCCUACUCUCGAGGGUCACCCCCAAAGUUUACUCCAUUAUCCGGGACCUGCCGACCUACGAUGGGGCACUGGACGCCCUCAAAAGACAGUACCUGCGGCCGGUGAACACCAUCUGCGCAAGACAUCGUUUAGCUACCCGGCAACAGCAGCCUGGCGAAUCGUGCGCUGAGUUUCUCCGAGCACUACAGACACUCGUCCGAGCUUGCGACUGCAAGACGCUCACGGCAGAACAGCAUGCGGAGCUGCUGGUGCGAGACGCUUUUGUGACGGGACUGAGGUCAGUGUACAUGCGCCAGCGGCUGCUGGAAAAUGCCGACCUUACCUUACGCUCGGCGAUAGAGAAGGCCAACGCUCUAGAAGCUGCUCUGCACAACGCUGACGCUUUCCAGCCGUGCAAUCCCCUGCCAGUUCCGUGGACACCUCAGACCCCGCCGCCGCUGGUUCCCGUAAGCGAAUUCGCCAAAGCCGCUGCCAGUCAUGAGUCCACGAACUCCCCGAACCCGUCCACAGCUGCUGCCAGUCGCAAGCCCACAUAGUGUUACUUCUGCGGACUCGAAAAGCACCCCCGAAAAAGUUGCCCGGCCCGAGAAGCGACCUGCUCCAGCUGCGGGAAGAAGGGCCAUUUCGCCAAGAGCCAUGGGGAUGCCAGACAGGAUAGUAGAAUACUCCUCAUGUGGAAUGUUGGAAGACAGGGAGACCUCCAGUGUCCCCAAUAACUACACCUGCAAGAAGGGCAUCCAGCUGCAGCUUUGAACAGACUGUGUUAAGAAGUUGGAACAGGAACUGGAUGAACUCCGGAUUAUUCAGGAGACUGAGGGAUUAAUAGAACAUAUAUGGAGAGUUGCUUGGAGUGUUCUUUUGUCUUCAUGGUGUAGUUUUUGCUAGGAUACUGCCUCACCAGCAGCUGGACCUUCCAGAGACUGGUGUAUUUUUACUACAAUCAAUUGAAGCACCUUGACUGCACACAGCAAGCAAUUAUGAGUUGUUACGAAUGUGCCACAACUCUGAGGGGCCGGAGGAUACAAAGUAGCCCCCUCCUUUGUGAGAAUCGCAAGAUCACUACUAAUUCAGGUCUGGGACCCAGGAAAUGAGACAGAAUCCUCAAGGUUUUGGAAUGUGUCCUGUCCUCAGCCAGACAAAGCCACAGAUAAUGGCCAUUGUCUCUUGGAGAUGGAAUUGUGUAUUGAGUACUGUACUAUUCAUUGAAGCCCUCAUGGAAUGACCAGCGUGGGCUGGUUGAGGGAUUGCAUCAUCCCAACCUGAUUGACAACUGAGACCCCGUGAGUAAGGAUAAAAGAGGGUCUGGUGAACAACCCCUUCAGACGCACCAGGAGAAACGCUAGAAAUCCCGUGCCAGCGUUUAACAGCGACAGCCGGUGGGGUGCCCGCGUGCAUCCUUUUCCUUUGCCUCGGAAUUGGUGGGUUUACCACGGAAGAACAGUUUAGCUAAUGAAGAGGCCACCACCAAUGAAAUUUCGAAGGAUCGACAUCAUAAAAAGGAAAAGCUGGCAAGUUUUAAAAAAUCUGUCUCUCUCCAACCAAAAAGCUGCAGCCUGAAUGAACUGAGUAACUUUUAUAUUUCCAUCGGACAAUACAUUAUCCCCUAGUCAACAAUAGAGCUAUUUCUUAUUAUUAUUAUACCCGCGCUUUUAGAUUUAGUAUUGAUGACGUAUAUUAUCUGUAUGUUUGCAAUGAUAUUAUUUUUGUGUAUUUUUAUCAAUAAAUACUGUUAAAAAUAGUACCAUCAGACUUCAACGGACCUCUCUAUCUUUGCUGGUAAGUGACCCAGUUACGCGGUUCGUAACAGAGUUAAAUUUCAUGAUUCUCAAUCAAUAGCAAGAUGCAAAAAUAUAUAAUUAUAAAAACAAAUAAUAUUCAAUUUAAAUCUCAACUGAUAUAAAUUUAUCUUUCAAGCA